CCUUGGUAGUGGGCCCCAACGUCCCUUUCGCCAGCCUGAACUCGACAUCACUACUUCGAAAUGACCAGCCGUUUUCGUUGCAAAAGCUCGCGGUCGAUACUCAGAAGGAAGGUGGAGCGAAGACGCCAGCGCAGCAUGGCCAAGAGGUCAAUGUACAGCCUGGAUCAAGCCAGGAGAACAUGCAAGUGCAGUCGCAGUUAGACGCUAUUGAACUCCUACCAACCGCAUCAGCCAAGCUACAGGAAGAAACACCACAAGUGCAGCGAACACCUUCAUCAGAGAGCCCCGCAAAGGCAACAUCGCUAAUUACCCCUAAACACAAGCUCCCACCGAAGCCAGCUAUAGUAGCGCGAAUGAUGCCACCGCCCUCGCUAUCGCCACAGGAAUGGCCACAGCUCCCGCGCACGUUACCGCCCCGGCCCAUGCCCCAAGCCGCCUAUACGCAUGUUUCACCGACACAUAUGGCGCACAACCGAUCUAACAUAACGCCACUGAGCUGGGCCCCGGCCCCGAUCCCAACACCGUCCCUAGGAACACCUGCAGUUCAGAACAAGAUGCUCGGAUAUCCCGGCUCCUAUCCACCUCGGCAACCUCAGCAGACUCCAUCCCCACAUCCUCACCACAUUCAGCCCUGGCAUCCGGAACAGUUUCCAUCCGGAUACCCUCCCCGAGCUGUAUCACAUGGACCAGCAGCUAGACCCAGACAGUCACUGCAUCACAAUGCCAAUGCUCAGAUGGCCGCCUUUCACACGAACAAUAGUCAGUCAGUACUUACAAACGGCAUCCAACCACCGAGCAACGGUCAGCCAGAGCACAUGAAAACCUCACGUGCAAAUAAUGGCCAGAUAGAGUACAUGAAGGCCUUCCAUGCGAACAACGGUCAGACAGGGCAGAUGAACAAUGGUCGAAUGAUCGGUUAUUCCCACAUGCCAGCUCAAGGAUAUACUCCUGGCCAUAACUUGGUGUGGGAUCAUCCUCAAGAAAACGGGGGUUUUCCCCACGUGACGCCAUCACAGCUUAGCGAUUCCUUGAAUAAAGGCUUGAAUAGUCUUUAGGUGAGGCGAGGUUUUAUAGCGGCCGACUAAUAAGUCUAUGGUUUUUAUUGGCAAUAGCAAUUUGCUGAUUUGGGCACCAUUGUAGAAAGCAAAUUCUCUCUGUGAAAAUCGGGAAAAAAGUGAAGAUGGUGAAGAUUGCU